AUGGGAAACAGCCCGUCAAAAAAUGAUCCCCUACCGAAGUCGUCUUCAAAUUCAUCAAAUAAUAAUUCAUCAACAGCUCAAUCAAAUGGUAAUGUUGACUUAGAUCCAGAUGAGAUGGCUUCUGCGCUAUCUCAAAAUAAAGAUAAAACUAGAAAUUCCAAUAAAAAGAAUAUUAUUCAACAAGAAAGCAUUUCCGAAGGUGAAAAGAGUCUUGAAGGUGAAGAUGGUAUUUUUAAACAUAUUGGGGCAAUCGACAUAGAUAAUAAUAAAACUAAAAAAUUUGGUUCCAAAUCUAUUAAUGUUAAUGGUGCAGAAAACGAUGGUACAUUUAAUAGUCCUAACAAAUCAAGUUUGAGUGAUUUGGGCUCUUUUGAUUUUGAUAUGGAUUUAAAACUAUCAACUUCUAAAAAUUCAAAAUUACUGCAAGAUGUGGCAUCAUCGUUGGAUUCAAUGGGAACAUCCAUCACUUCACCAAUUUUUACAACUUUAGGUAAUGAUUCUAAAGACGAAGAUCUGCUACUGUCUUUUAAUUCAAGUCCUACGAUCAAUAAACAAGUUUUGGAUAAUUCAAAUUUGUCAAACAAACUUGAUUCAAUAGCUGAAAGUAAACCAUUAGAAUUAAAUCAAAAGUCCAAAGUUUUAUCAAAAGAAAAUUUGAAGAAACAUAAUAAGACUAUAUCAACAACAUUAGUUAAACAAUCAUCUACCAGUUCAUCAAAUUUAUCUAACUCACCACCUUUGAUUGCAAGCAAUAAAAAAUUAGAUGUUGAUAUUGAUGAAAUAAUUAAAAAAUUGUUACAUACAAAGAAGAAUUCAAAUAAUCGAAAACUGAAAGAUAAGCUUAAAAUCGAGCUUAAUGACAUUAAGUAUAUUCUUGGUAAAUCUAGACAAAUCUUUUUGGAACAACCAACAUUGUUAAGAUUAACUCCAUCCGUGAAAAUCGUUGGUGACAUUCAUGGUCAAUUUUUUGAUUUAAUUAGAAUAUUUAAUUGUUGUGGUUACCCACCUCACUCAAACUAUUUAUUCUUGGGUGAUUAUGUCGAUCGUGGGGAAAAGUCUUUAGAGACGAUAUUAUUAUUACUUUGUUACAAGAUCAAAUAUCCAGAAAAUUUUUUCAUGUUAAGAGGUAAUCAUGAAUCAGCAAACAUUACUAAAAUCUAUGGUUUUUACGACGAAUGUAAAAGACGUUUAAAUAAUAAUAAAAUUUGGAAAAAUUUUGUUGAUGUUUUUAAUACUUUACCGAUUGCUGCUACAAUAAAUGAUAAAAUUUUUUGCGUACACGGUGGGUUGUCACCUGAUUUGAAUAAUUUUGAACAAAUUGAAAAUAUCAAAAGACCAACUGAUGUUCCAGAUAAAGGUUUAUUAGCAGAUUUAUUAUGGUCUGAUCCUGAUCCACUGGUUAAGAAUUUUUCUUUAAGUAAUUGGCCAAAGAAUGAUCGUGGUGUUUCAUUUUGUUUUGGUAGAAAGCAUGUGGAAUAUUUUUGCUCAAAAUUUAAAUUAGAUUUAAUUGUUAGAGGUCAUAUGGUUGUUGAAGAUGGUUAUGAAUUUUUUAGCAAGCGUAAGCUUGUUACAGUUUUCAGUGCACCAAAUUAUUGUGGUGAAUUCAAUAAUUUUGGAGCUGUUAUGAGUGUUGAUAAAAAUCUUUACUGCUCAUUUGAAUUGAUAAAACCUAAUUAA